CUUUCACAGUCUUAAUCAACACCUUAACUCUGCUUCUCAACAGAUUUUUUUUUUUUUUAGCAACAAUGGUUAUAAAAUAUCCAAUAUUUGUUUAGUUUUUCAUAGUUUUAUGUUUAAAUGUUCUUUUGAUGAAGCUUCCUGUUUAUCUUGGUUAUUUAUAUUUGAAGAGAAGUCAUAUUUAGGUGAAUGUAAAUCAUGGAAAAUUCCGAAAUCGAAGAGACUUUGUUUGCUCUUGGUGAACCAAAGCUACAUGGAGAAAUGUGCAAGAUACUCUCUUUGAUGUAUGUCAAAGUGUUGAGUGUUUUUCCUGAGCUAGAAGCUGCUCGUCCGCGAAGUACUUCAGGGAUUCAAGCAUUAUGUUCUUUGCACAUAGCAUUAGAGAAAACCAAGACAGUUCUUCAACAUUGUGCCGAAUGUAGCAAAAUUUACUUGGCCAUAACAGGUGACUCUGUUGUUUUGAAAUUUGAGAAGGCGAGAUCAGCUCUUGAAGAUGGCCUUAGGAAAGUUGAAGAUAUAGUUCCACAAACUAUAGGCUGUCAGAUUUCUGAUAUAUUAGGUGAGCUUGUAGGGAUAGAGUUUUCACUUGAUCCAUCAGAGAAGCAAAUAGGUGAUGAGCUAAUCGGGCUGCUUCAACAAGGUAGAAAUUUUAGUAACGCUAGUGACAAUAACGAAUUAGAAACUUUUCAUCAAGCUGCGUCUAAGCUCGGGAUUACAUCUUCACGGGCCGCUCUUCGAGAGAGGCGGGCUCUUAAGAAACUCGUAGAGAAAGCCCGAAUAGAAGAAGAUAAAAGAAAAGAAUCAAUCGUAGCCUAUCUUUUACAUCUCAUGAGAAAAUACACAAAACUAUUUAGAAGUGAUUUCUCAGAUGAUAAUGAUUCACAGGGCUCGACACCAUGUUCACCUACAGUACAUGGAUCUUUCGAGGGUUACAGUGGGUCUGGGACCCACACCUUUGAAAGGCAACUAUCGAAACUUAGCUCUUUUAACUUCAAACCGAACUUCCGUCGGUCUGGGCAAGUCCCUAUGCCACCUGAAGAGCUAAGAUGCCCAAUUUCGUUACAGCUUAUGUAUGAUCCAGUCAUAAUUGCAUCUGGGCAGACAUACGAGAGAAUCUGCAUAGAGAAAUGGUUUAGUGACGGGCACAACACAUGUCCAAAGAGUCAACAGCAGUUGAGUCAUUUAGGUUUGACUCCUAAUUAUUGUGUCAAGGGUUUGGUUGCGAGUUGGUGUGAACAUAACGGGGUUAUGGUUCCUGAAGGACCACCUGACUCCCUUGAUUUAAAUUACUGGCGACUUUCAUUGUCAGAAAGUGAAUCUGUAAAUUCAAAACCCAUGGAAAGUAUUGGGUCGUUCAAAUAUAAGGGUAUGAAGGUGGCACCUUUACCUUUGGAUGAAAGUUAUGUUAUUGAAGGUGAUGAGUCAGAGAUUGCAGUUGACCAUGAGGGUAAUGUACUUGAGGGUUAUGAUAAAUUAUUGAAAGUUCUACAGACCGAGGAGAAUUUGAGGAAAAAGUGUAGAGUUGUAGAGAAAAUUCGGCGUUUGUUAAAAGAUGAUGAAGAGGCUCGGAUUUAUAUGGGUGCUAAUGGCUUUGCUGACGCGCUGUUGCAGUUUUUGGAGGCCAGUUUGCAUGAACAAGAUGAGUUUUCUCAAGAAAAUGGAGCUAUGGCUCUCUUCAACCUUGCGGUUAAUAACAAUAGAAACAAAGAAAUGUUGUUAUCAGCUGGAAUCCUUUCUCUGAUGCUGCAGAUGAUUAAAGGGACAAAAUCAGUAAAUGCAGCCAUAGCCCUGUACCUAAACCUAUCGUGUCUAGAUCAAGCCAAACCCAUCAUAGGUUCGAGCGAGGCGGUCCCAUUCUUAAUUGAGGUUCUUCGAGGCACUAACGAUUCACAAUGCAAAAGUGACUCCCUUCAUGCUCUCUACCACCUCUCAUCCCUCCAUUCCAACAUCCCGAGACUCAUAUCAUCCGGCAUCAUAACCGCCCUUCAACCCUUUCUUAUCGAUCUAGAUUCCAACUCAUGGACUGAGAAAGCCAUAGCCGUGUUAAUAAACUUAGCAGUUACUAAUUCAGGCAGAGCCGAGAUUAUAGCAGGUCCAGGUCUUAUUAGUGGGCUGUCAAUGUUACUUGACAUGGGUGAAUCAGAGAUUCAAGAGCAGGCUGCAGCGUGUUUACUGAUUUUGUGCACUGGAAGCGUUAAGUGUAGUGAAAUGGUGCUUCAAGAAGGGGUGAUACCUUCUCUUGUAGCGAUUUCUGUUAACGGGACCAUGAGAGGGAAACAAAAAGCACAAAAGCUGUUGAUGGUCUUCCGAGAGCAGCGGCAGAGAGAUCCACCGGUGGUGGUUCAGGGCAGUGUAGGACAGUGUGAGGGUGGCGAUGAGCGGAAGGUGUUAAGUAAGUCCACAUCUAGGAGGAAGAUGGGAAGAGCUUGGAGUUUUUGGAGGAAGAACAAGAGUUUUUCUGUCUACCAAUGUUGAACUCUUGAUUCUUAUGGAUAGAAAGUGUAAAUAGGAAAAGUUUCAGUUUUCUUUUUCUUUUUACCAUUGGUAUUUAGUUUGCAGUUUUUUCCCUCCCUUUUACCACGAAAGGAGAUGUACAGUCUUUUUCUAAAAGAAUUUUGUCCUUUUCUUUUUUUUA